AUGGCACAUUUUGUAUACCCAACUGCGAAUGCUAUGGCCCAGCUAUCUUCUCCAGCACAGGCUUAUCCCACAGCUCAAAGCCCCUACGUGGCUGCAGCUCCUCAGACUGCCUAUGCCACUUCAGCUGCUCCCUCCAGGGUAGGGCAGACAUACAAGGCCUACCCGGCAGCAGCGGCCUCAGCAGUUCAUGCACCCACGCAGUAUGCAUAUUCCAGACCUCAAGUUACAGUGACUACUGCCUUUCCUCUGCAGCCCACUGUUAGUUAUGACCAGUCCAAAGCAUAUUACCAGCCUGCUACAGGAACUACCUAUACGGUAGCUGCAGAACCUCAGUUUCAGACAGCUAAAUCAGUGUUUAGCUCUGGGGCAACAUACGUCAGCCAGCAGCGACCAGGAGUAGUAGUUUCUAAUGCCCAGGCAGUACCUGUAUCCUCUGCUGCUACUAGCUACGUAUACUCUUCAGCGGCCCCAACCAUUACCACAUACUCAACCAGCAACUUUACCACCACAACUCCACAAAACAACAUGACAGGCUUUGAUGCAGCAAUGUACUCAUCAGCCAACUUGUAUGGCCAGCAGGCAGUGGCUAAAUCUGGGCCACCUGCCUGGAUCGUCAAGAAGCCUGUUGUUGGAAGUCAGUUCAGAGCCAGGCCUAAAGGUCCCCCUAAAGCCCCUCAGCUUUAUUACUGUGAUGUAUGCAAAAUCAGCUGUGCAUGUCCACAGACUUACCGUGCACAUUUAGAAGGGCAGAAACACAAGAAAAAAGAGGCAGCAAUGAAGAAACGUCGACCAAAAGGCAGACAUGCACAGCAUCAGUUGAAAUGUAAGCUUUGUGAUGUAAACUGUACGGGGCAUGAUGCUUAUGCAGCACAUAUUAGAGGUGCCAAACAUCAAAAGGUGCUAACAUUACACACAAAAUUAGGAAAACCCAUUCCUUCUACGGACCCAGUUUUACCAGCGGCAAGCAAAGCUGCUUCCAAACGUAAACGUGCUGCUGCUGUGGCUGCCCUUGCCAAGGCUGUGAUGGUAUCGGCAACAGCGAAGAUAAACUUUUUGGGUGGGGAUCAGUUGAAAAGUGUGGGUGGGAAAGUAGCCGAAAAAACAGAAGUUACUGCCAGCAGUGAUAUAUCCACUGUCAACAGUAGCACAGAGAAUGCUGUCACUAUGUCUGAUGAAGAAGGUGAUGCUGCUUUCGAUCAAGAUGUGGCACCUGUUGGGCAUGAGUAUAUAGAGCAAAUCAAAAAUGAAUUAGGAAAAGUGAUAAGCUUUAACUGCAAACUCUGUGACUGCACGUUUAAUGACCUGAAUGCUGAAGAGAUGCACUUGAAGGGUCGGCGUCACCGCCUUCAGUACAAGAAAAAGGUAGAUCCCAGCCUGCCAGUUAACGUGAAGCCAAAUCUUCGUGGCAGAAAAAUCCAGGAAGAGAAAUUGCGUAGGAAGGCGCAGAAGGAAGAGAAAUUGCGUAGGAAGGCGCAGAAGGAAGAGUAUUGGAGGCAUCGAGCGCAGCUGCGUUUAGCUGUGGAAAUGAGAAUGGAAGAUCAGAUAUACUGGGGUCAUCGCCGCAUGGAAAUGUUUGGGCCCUUGUAUCCAGGGUUUACAGACUGGUCGCCAAUGAGACCAAUGGGGCCCAUGCUUCAUCCACCAUACCCUUUACCCCCAGGACCCCCAUUGCCUCUAAUACCACGCCCGGAGUCAUUUGAUGACAGGCAUGUUAUGAUGAAGCACCACUCAAUUUACCCAACAGAGAUUGAACUGGAAGCAGUUCAAAACAUUGUCUCCUCUUGUGAAAGGGCCCUAAAGUUAGUCUCAGAUUAUCUGACAGAAAGCAACAAAACGGAGGAGAAUCCAACGCCGAAUCGUACAUUGAAAGGAGUUAUGAGAGUCGGGGUCUUGGCUAAAGGUCUUCUUCUGCACGGUGACCUGAAUGUGAAUCUGGUUGCACUGUGCUCAGAAAAGCCAACAAGAACUCUGCUUGAGCAGGUCGCAGAAGCCCUACCAAAACAACUGGCUACUGUAACAGGUGAACAGUUUGAGAUCCGCACGUGUGUUGAGGAGAGUGCCAUCAUAGUAAGCAUUGAUGUGGAACCAGCAGUGACCUGCAUUGUCACUUUGACAUCCCCCUUGAUGAGAGAAGCUAAAGUGUCAGAAGCAGAGACAGUUGACCUCCAGGACCCACCAGAUGUCCUUGACAGGCAGAAAUGCCUGGAUGCUCUAGCUGCCCUGCGUCAUGCUAAAUGGUUCCAGGCCAGAGCUAAUGGGCUUCAGUCUUGUGUGAUCAUCAUCAGAGUCUUGCGUGAGCUGUGUCAGCGGGUUCCAGCAUGGGCGCCCCUCAAUGAAUGGGCUAUGGAACUUCUUGUGGAGAAGUGCAUCAGUACUAGUGCUGCCAACAUAACCUCAGGAGAGGCUCUUCGGCGUGUUUUUGAAUGCAUCGCCUCUGGCAUCUUAUUGCCAGGAGGGCCUGGCCUUUAUGAUCCUUGUGAGAAGGAACCUUAUGAUGCUGCAGCCACAAUGACAAACCAACAGCGUGAAGAUAUCACCACUCUUGCUCAGCAUGCCCUGAGACAAGUAGCUUUCCGCCACAUUCACAAAGUGUUGGGCAUAGAUCUCCUGCCAGACACCAAGUUUCCAGCAAAACUAUUUUUCAACCGCAAGAGAAGACAGAGCAACAGCACAGGGGAUGAAGGUGCUAAAAAGAAGUACCGUAAGGAGAAAGCUGCAGAGUUGCCAGUGAAAGCAUCAUAG